AUGACAACAAAAGUUCAAUGGAAACGUCUUGAUGCUACAACCGGUUCAAAUCCAAAGCCACGUCAUGGUCAUCGAGCAGUAGCUGUCAAAGAUUUGAUUAUUAUCUUUGGCGGAGGUAACGAUGGUAUUGUUGAAGAUAUUAAUGUUUUUAAUUGUGCUACAAAUCAAUGGUUUCAACCAUUGAUAAAAGGUGAUAUACCGACAGGUUGUGCUGCAUUUGGUUUUGCUACGGAUGGUUCACGAAUUCUUGUUUUCGGUGGUAUGGUUGAAUAUGGAAAAUAUUCAGCAGAUCUUUGGGAACUUAAUCCUAUAACAUGGCAAUGGAGAAAAAUAAAAGGACGACCACCAAAAAUAGCUCCACUACCAUGUGCCAGACUGGGACAUACAUUAACAUAUUUUGAUGGAAAAUAUUAUCUUUUUGGUGGUUUAGCUAAUGAUAGUAAAGAUCCAAAGCAAAAUGUACCUCGAUAUUUAAAUGAUUUGUAUACACUUGAAUUUAAAAGCAAUAAUUACUUAUGGGAACAACCAAUUAUGCGUAGUACACAACCGAUGGAACGUGAAUCUCAUACGUGUGUUGGAUAUCGCGGACGAAACGAUAGUCGAUCAAAAUUAAUUGUCUAUGGUGGAAUGAAUGGUCAUCGAUUAGGUGAUAUUUGGAAUUAUUAUCUAGAUUUAUCUCAAUGGACACAAAUCGUUGCAACUGGUUUAGCGCCACAACCACGUAGUCUUCAUUCAUCUGUUAUUAUUGGUCAUCGGUUAGUGUUCUAUCCUUUCUUUUUAUUCUGGUGUCUUGAUUUAUUAGAAUUAUUUAGUAUGUAUAUUUUUGGUGGUUGGGUACCAUUGAUUUCUUCCGAUAAAAAUGAACAACAUACUAAUGAAAAAGAAUGGAAGUGUACGAAUACAUUAGCUGCAGUCAAUUUAGAAACAAACACAUGGGAACUUCUUGGACAAGAAUGUCUCGAUGAAAAUGUUCCACGAGCACGUGCUGGCCAUUGCGCUGUUUCUGUUAAUACAAGAAUGUAUAUUUGGAGUGGACGAGACGGUUAUCGAAAAGCUUGGAAUAAUCAAGUUUGUUGUAAAGAUUUAUGGUGUUUGGAAACAGCAUCUCCAAGUGAACCAGAAAAAGUACAACUACUCAAAGCUGGCAUUGGAAAUUUAGAAAUUACAUGGAAUCCUGUUCCAACGGCUGAUUCAUACAUUUUACAAAUUCAGCGUUUUGAAGCACCUAUUGAACAACCACCUCCAACAUCUUUAAAUCCUAUAUCUUUACCAUUACAAUCCAUAUCGGCUUCAUUAUUUGCCUCGAAAAGUCCUCAAUCAGUUCUUGCAUCAUUGAUACCAACAUUUUCAAAUGGUAAAUUUCAUUUUACUAAUGAAUCAAUUUUUCUUUAUGAUUUCUAUAUAGAACAACAUCCAUCAAAUGCAUCUGUUUCUGCAAUAAAUGACAAUGAUACAACUGUUGAUCGAUGUCUUUCCCCAUCAACAUUGUUAAAUAAAUCUACAUCAGAUUUACUGUCAUUAGCUCAUUUAUCAUCAUCACAAACAUCACUUGCUUCGUCUACUGCUACAGUUAACUCAUCAGCAUUGACAACUGUAUCACAAUCUUCGAACAGUACAAUAAAUUCAACAUUACUCUUUCAAAAACCAACAUCAACCAACUUUGUUUCGCAUCCUACACAAACUAUUCGACCAGCAGCAGGAUCGAAUAUUCAAUUUCUCAAUGCUACUUCAAAUUCAGGUGUUCGUCCAAUUAUUUUUCAUCAAAAAUCAGCAACAACAUCAACACAACCACAACUUCUUACUGUGAUGCCGGCUGGUGUUCGUGUUCAACAGUUAACACCUGUUAUGCGUGGUUCAUCAACGCAACCAACAACGUUUGUUCGAUUGAUGUCACAAACAGCAUCAGGUAUCCGACCUGCAACAGGACAGCAACAAAUCAUACACUUGAAUACCAACAAACAACAACAACCAUUAGUUAUCAAAGCUAUUACUACACCAAAUCGACAACAACAACAACAACAGUCCAUUGUAUUAACAACGAAUACACAACAAAAAACUACAUUACCUCAAGCACAACAACAGGUUUUAGUUCUUAAUCAAAAUACAUUAAAUAAUAAUCAAGGACAAUCGUCAAAAUUUACAUUAUCAAUGGGACAUAUUGAUCAAUCAAAUUUGAUUAAUACUAAUCAAACUCCACCGCCACCAACAAUAGAUAAUUCAAUGCAGCAACUUGAUGGAUGUGAUUCAAUAGAAAUGGCUUCACAACAUUGCGCUACACAAACAAAUGUUGAAUACAUAUUGGAAUCAUUACAAAAGCAUAGUUCGAUAAUAAAUCAUGAUGAAUUUAUUCCACAAAUUGAUGGUACUAUUGAUGAUCAGUCUCUAGAAAAUGGAUUGCCAUCCGAUGUAUUACGAAAUUCCGCUAGUCCCAUACAACAGCAAACAACUACAAUAAAUACGAAUGUUCAGCGAUCAUCAAAUAAUCAUGAAAUUUCACAAACAACAUUAUCAAAUGGAAUCUCAAAUAUCGAUACGAAAAAUGAUCUAAAAUCAUUAGAAACUGAAGGAGAAAAUAGUUGGCAUGUAGUCGGAACAUUUAAAACAACAACAGUUGAUAUUAAACAUUAUUAUGUUGUUCCAUCUCAUAUCAAUAUCGACAAUUAUGAUCUCAAUUCGCUUCAAGUUCAGAAUUUAGUGAAAAAAGUGGACCUUGAACCAGGUGUUAUUUAUAAACUACGAAUAGCAGCAGUAAAUUCAUGUGGAAGAGGUCCAUGGAGCGAAGCAGCAGCAUUCAAAACAUGUUUACCUGGUGCACCACCAGCACCAUCGAAUAUUAGAAUUACUAAGACACCUGAUGGUGGUGCUCAUUUAUCAUGGGAUGCUCCAUCAAAUGCUUCAUGUUUAAUAACUGGUUAUGCUGUUUAUUUGGCAGUAAAAAAUACAACACUCGAUAAUACGAUACCACGUCAACAUCAACAACAAGCAUCUCAAAUGGCUUUUGUUCGUGUUUAUGGCGGUGCAUUAGCUGAAUGUUCUGUCAAUGCUGGCCAACUUCUGCAAGCACAUCUUGAUACAAGUUCUAGUAGUAAGCCAGCAAUUAUAUUUCGUAUAGCAGCACGUAAUGAACGUGGAUAUGGACCAGCAACACAAGUACGAUGGUUACAAGAACAACAACAACAAACGCCAUAUCACAAUUCAACUGCAAAUACUUCGUUGAAACGAAGCGCUUCAAACGCUAAUUCAACAGGAAAAAAGCAACGAUUAGCACCGACUGGAGGAGGAGGAGGACCAAAUGAUAGUUGA